AUGGUGGAACAACCACCAAUUGCGCCAGGCGUAAAAUCGCCUGGUUUAUCCGUCCCAAUUGUAAUAUGGGGGCCAAAACCACCCGAAAAUAAAAUAUGUGCCGUUCGAAUAUUUCCAGAUGGUGAAACAAUUGUAACAGGUGCCGAAAAUGGACACUUAAUAGUUUGGAAGGCAGCAGAAGGCCUUGCUCCAAAACAGUUGAUGAUUGGUCAUUGCGAAAGAAUCACUGCAAUUUCGCAAACAAUUAAUUCUAGAAAUAUUACAAGAUUUGUGUCUGCUUCCGCCGAUGGUCACGUGUGUCUCUGGGAAAUUCAAGAUGGACGAUGCAUAGAUUCAAUUACUUCUGUACAAAUUCAUAACUAUAUUCAGCCAUAUACUUAUAAAUCCUCGCGACAUACUAGAGCAACCAGAUUAUUGUGCAUAGGUGAUUAUUGCGAUAUUCAAGUGAUGGAUCCCCAAGAUCUUACUAUAGUGUUCACAAUAGCUUCUAGGGUUGAACCCGAUUGGGUAAUAAGCUAUGCUUUAUUAGCGAGGAGUAAUCGAACUGAUCAAUUGGUAGGCUUAACAAUGAGCGGAAUGAUGAAAAUCUGGACGCUAAAUGAGCUUGAAAAGAAGGAUCCUGCAAAUUCUCUAUACGAAGACGAAUCGAAACGAUUAGAGAUUCAACAUGUGAAAAAUGUCUCGUUCAACUCGGAUAACGAGCGAAUAAUUUUGAUUGUCGCGUCGAAUACAUGGAUGAUUGUGGAUUUGGAGGAUUCUUCAACAAUUGUUGAAGUCAAAAAUCAGAAUAGCAAUAUUCGAUUCAUUUCCGGCUUCAUUGUUGGCGUUGAUAAGGUUGUCAUUGGAUUCAGCGACGAAUCAAUCAAAGUCUUCCAAUUACCAAUUACAAAAUUACAAGGAAAACAGGUUCUCGAUUAUUUCAAAGGGCAUAAGCCGGAACAGGAUUAUUUCAAUUCGGCCGAGCCUUUUGCAAUCGGAAUGGUCCCUGGAGUUGACGAUUUGAGCAAAACCUGGAUGAAUGAUGCGAAAUUUGUGUGCCAUAUUACCGAUUUUUCCAAAGAUUUGGAAGGAAAUGAAGAUCCUUUUGAACCUCGACGAGAAGUGACGAUUGUGCGAACUGUGAGAACUGAAGGUAGCAUCCUUGUAUGGAAAAUGCCCGUGUUCAAUCAGCAAUUCAUGAAAGCCGUGCCCAAUAUUAAAAAUUUGCCUUUUAAAUUCAAAGGAACCCACAGCGAAAGUCUGAAAAGCAUUUGGAAGACAUUGAAUGACGCGGAGGAUAUCUCAAUGCCAAUUAUGAACUCUGAUACGGUGUGCUGUUCAUUGUUCGUGCCAAGCCAGGGCAAAUUGUUUCUUGGCCGUUCAGAUGGAAUUAUUGUUAUGACCUAUGCAUGUGAGACGCUUUCUCGUCAAUGGUUGAAGGUUCCCGCAGAACGUCCAAAUUCCAGGAAGCUUAUUGGACAUACUGGAGCGGUUAGAUCGAUGUUUUACCCAUUUGAACAUGAUACUCGAUACGAUUCACAAAUCUUCGUUUCCGGAUCUGAUGAUUUUUCGACAAUUGUGUGGAAUAUCAAUAAUGGUACGAAAUUGCAUCGGUUUUGCGUUCAUGGCGGACCAGUCAUCAGUUUUCAAAUCACUCCGCCCAAUUGUAGUAAAAUAGUCACAAAAUGCAUCGCAGGAAUCUCCAAAGAUAACUCAGUUGCUCUUCUGAAUUUAAGAGAUAAUAAGUGCAUAUUAUUAGCAUCGAAACACCCUCAUCCAGUUGCUCAUAUUAAAUGGAGACCUCUUGAUGAUUUUAUGCUUGUGAAGCUUACUGACGGAUCAGUUUACGUUUGGCAAAUGGAAACGGCAAAUUUGGAUAGGAUAGUUACUGGAUUAUUAGCUGAGGAUGUUAUGGUGGCUUGCGAUGAACAAAUUGGAAUUGAGGAAGGAACUGAUGAGACAUCUGCACACCAUGCCGUCCAAUUGAUUCGCGCGUUGAAGCAUAAGAAUAUUGAAGCAGUCAAGCAGAAAGUUAGUAGUGCGGUUUCUGGAGGAAACACUCCAAUUCAAGGGCAUGACCCAUUAUCGAACGCUGGAACUGCAAUGCAACUUGGAUCGCCAAUGGCAAUUACACCAUUGCCAGGGUGUGUGCAAGGUGCCCACAUGGUGCAAUUCGAGGUGAGCGCCUUGAUAGCUGGAAUUUUGCACAUCGACGCGGCUUCGGAAGGAAAUGAUAUGGGAAUUAGUAAUGUUAGCAAAACGGAUAUGCACGACGCGAAUGCGAUUGCGGGAUUGUCAAAAAAACUCACGUGGCAAUUUGAGGCCAAUCUAUAUCUCGAUGUCGCCCGAUUGAUGCUCUCAAUGUUGCAUGCUUGGGGACUUGACGAGACUCUUGACGAAGUUUGUGAGAAGAAGCUUUCAUUGCAUCGGCCGAGACAUGAAGUUUAUUUUGGGAACGUUUCACGACAGGGUGAACUCUCUGUGAGCUUACCAUCGAGGUUCACCACCGAUUUCGAGACGUUCGCGAAACAAGCUCGAUGGCAGGCUAGCCAUUCGUUGAACACAAAUCACUUGCUUGCGAUCAUUGCCACUGCGAACACGUUGAUGGCGAUGAAACACGCGACACUGCAAUUGACGAGGUCGAGGAAGAGCAUCGCUGCACCGCAUCCACCGGAUGUGCGCAGCGAUUCGUCGGCGGCUCUCGAUCGACAACAAGUUAAACGCGGUUGGAGUUUAAUCGCUGCCCUGCAUUGUGCUCUUUUGCCGGACCAUGUGAGGCCGAGAAGCUCGUAUGCGGCGCCGAGUAUUGAAUUGUUGGCGAGAAGAUGGCAGGACUCGUGUCUGGAAAUUCGAGAAGCUGCACAAGCUUUGCUAAUUCGCGAGCUGACACGAUUGGGUCCUGAAGGCCGGAGAAAGCUCAUUGAGUCGUGGGCUCCGUUCUUGCCGCCACUCCUCGAUGACUCGUUGUCGAUUUUCGGUUCAAAACUUCAAAGCUCGAUACCUAGUGCUCAAUCUGUGGUGUCUGCACCACCCAUUCCACCAAGAACGCGUAAUUCGCCACCGAGUGUGUCGCCCGUCACCGUAUCGGAACCCCCAACUGCCGAAGGAGGUGAAGCCGGUGUACAGCAAGUUCGACGUAAUCAAGCGACUGCCAUUAUCCUUCUUGGUGUGAUUGGCGCAGAGUUUGGUGAUGAAUUGAACAGAGCUGAUUUGACGCGAGCCACGGCGGUUUCUCUGCUUGAGCUACUAGUUGCGGCGCCUUCAAAUCUUAUUCCGGUUCAUUCACCGCUUCGACGAGCUGCGAUCGAUCUGCUUGGACGCGGAUUUGUUCAUUGGGAACCGCAUCUUGAAAUAUCGAAAGUUGUGUUGGGAUUAUUGGAUUUGGCGGGAAAUACGGAUCGCAACAAAAAUGAUAAAUUCAUUGUUGGAGCUCCACUCAGUGCCAUCGAAGAUGCUGCUCGCACUUCGAAGCAAGCGCUGUCUCAGAUUGCACUUGCCAGGCCUCCAGCACUGAUUACAGCGAUGAGCAUGGAAGUCGCCAGGUACAACGCAGCCGCCCAACACCAGACGAUUCAGCAUACGGUGGUCUCGCCGCUAUUAAAGUCGCGAGACGAAGUACUCCGGAUAGUUGAGGAGUUGUGCGAGAAGCGAAGUCAGGAUGUGGUGAACAUGAUGUUGCCCCUUGGAGAUGUUCUCGUGCAUUGUCUUGAUAUCUCGAUGCUCAAGAAUAAAUCGCUGGCUGAUAUCUUCAAGGCCAUUACAAAAUUCAACAUGGUCGCCUAUUGUUCGGCCACUCGAAAAAUCGCAUUUGGCGGCGUCAAUGGGACAUGUGUGGUUCAUGAGCUGAGAGCAACGAAAACUCAUAGUCUUGCCGGUCAUAAUGGUCCCGUUACUAGUGUCUCAUUUAAUGAGGACGGCAAAUUUUUGGCAACGUAUGGAGCCCAAGAUGGGAAGAUCAACUUCUUCCAGACAAGCCAAUCAUUUUUGGGAAUGGGACAGACUCAAAUGAAGCUCACUAAAUCGCAACCCGCGCCGACCGUAUCGAUUCCAACAACGCCUAAUAACACCGCAUUCCAUCCGAGACUCGUUUGGAUCAACGCCAAACAGCUCAGCCUAAUGUUGCCCGAAGGAAGGGAGCAGCGCUUCUCUGUCUAG